AUGGGGAGGUCUUGUAUGAGCCUGAGCAGGCGUAGCUCGGCAUCGGCUCCGCCUGCAGCUUCGAACUCGCCGCCGUUCCCAAAGCAGCAGCUUCUUGUUCUCGCAUUAUGCAGGAUAUGCGAGCCAAUCGCUUUCAUGGGAAUAUUCCCCUAUAUCUACUCCAUGGUCCAGGAUUUCAAAAUAACUGAGGACGAGAGCACCAUUGCCAUGUACGCCGGCAUGGUCACCUCUGCAUUCACCUUUGCUGAGUUUUCGACGGGCGUUUUAUGGGGACGCCUGAGCGACAAGGUCGGGAGAAAGCCCAUUCUACUCAUGGGGCUGGUUGGAACGGCGAUCAGCGUGCUUCUUUUUGGGUUUUCACCAAAUCUUUAUGUUGCACUCUUCGCCAGGGCUCUGGGCGGGUUUCUCAACGGCAACAUUGGCGUCUUGCAAACGACGGUUGCGGAGUUGGUAAAGUGCAAGGAGCAUCAGCCCCGCGCUUAUACUAUCAUGCCUACGGUAUGGUGCUUAGGGUCUAUAAUCGGCCCGGCCAUUGGCGGCGCGUUGGCUAAGCCUUGCAGCACGUACCCCAACGUGUUCAAGCCAGGCACGAUCUGGGAAACGUUCCCUUAUCUGUUGCCCAAUCUCUUCAGCGCUGGAGCAGUCUUCAUUGGGGUUAUGAUCGGUAUCCUCUUCUUGGACGAGACUCACGCCGAGAAGAAGAAGGAGCGAGACCGGGGCCGAGAGCUCGGAAAAGCAUUGGUUGCCAGGCUCCAGUGGCUUUGGACGUCACGAAAAACGAGCACCCCCAUUGAUAUCAAAGGGGAGGAGCAGCCGCUACUCUCACGUUUGGACGAUGAACCACUCCCUGGCUAUCAAACGCAGGAGAGCUCGCCGCAGCUAUCCUCUCAGAAGCCUUCUGAUUCACUGGAUGAAUUGGACUUGUCGGCUGCAACAAUUACUGUCGAUGACGGAGAGCAGGUCGAGGCGGCCAAGAAGAACAAGACCUUCACUAAGCCCGUCAUUCUCAAUAUUGUCGCAUAUGGAAUUUUGGCCUUCCACACCAUGACCUACGACCAGCUCCUCCCCAUCUUUUUGAGCACUUCUCCCCAACACAGACCCGUGUCGUUACCCUUCAAGUUUUCCGACGGAUUCGGCUACGACACUGCGACUGUUGGUGUCAUCAUCGGACUGCAGGGCAUAUACGCUAUCCUCUCGAACCUGGUCAUCGUUCCCUUUGUGCUCAGUCACGUUGGGUCUCUGCGCCUAUUCAGGCUAACUUCGCUCUCGUACUUUGCGCUGUACUUGGUCACACCGUAUCUGGUGCUCCUCCCGGACCACCUUCGCAUGUACGGAAUUUACGCAGCCCUGGUGUGGAAGUGCACAUUCUCGACAAUCGCAUACCCGAGCAAUGCGAUUCUUCUGGCGAACUCAGCUCCGAGUUUGCUCGCUUUGGGCAGCAUAAAUGGCGUCGCAGCAUCCACAGCGAGCCUAUGUCGUGGGUUCGGCCCGACGAUAUCUGGUCUGCUGUACGCAGCGGGUCUCAAGAUGGGCUACUCUGGCCUGCCAUGGUGGUGCAGUGGACUGAUGACCAUCGUGGGGGCCUUUGUAAGCCUUCAGAUAACCGACCCUGCAGACAGGACAGACGAGAAGCAGGAAGACAUCGAAACAGCACCAGACGCCAGUUGA